AUGUCAAAUCAAUACCAACAGCAAGGAGGGUAUAAUCCUGCACAAUUGAAUCCUGCUUUAUUCGCUUCGUUGACUAAUCAAAAUCAAAAUCAGAAUCAAAAUCAAAAUGUGAACGUGAACGUGAAUCCUAAUCAAAUCAUGAACCUGAAUCCAAAUAAUCAGAAUCCUAAUAAUAUCCACUUGAACCUAAAUUCAUUACCUAACGCUCAGCAACAGGGUAUACCUAUGAACCCACAACAAUUGCAAUUGCAACAACAGCAACAGCAACAGCAACAACAGCAACAACAAGGCAAUAUGACAAUGAACGCAGCUUCAUUACAGAAAAAUCCAAAUACCAACACUCUAGAUGGCGCUUUACAGAACAUAAUGUUACCCAUGUUCAAUAGGCUACAAGGUCAGAACGUAGCUAGGGCAGAACAACAAAGACUUGGUAUAAACCCACAACAACCUCACAAUCUACAACAACAACAACCCCAACAACAACAAUCCCUGCAGCAACAACCAAUACCGCAGAAUGUGAAUAUAAAUCCUCAACAACAACAACAACAACAGCAACUAAACCAGCAGCAACAACAACAGUUUCAAGGUAUGGCUCAACAAAUGAAUAUGGCAGGUUUACCAGGUAUGGGAAUAUCAAUGUUGAAUCAACCUACUCAACCGCAACAACAAUUAUCUCAACAACAAAUGUACAUUCAACAACAACAGCAACAACAACAGCAACAGCCGAACCAAUCACAACAAUCCAAUUUUAAUAUCCACUCGCAGCAACAAGGUCUAGCGCUUCAGAACGCACAACAACCUCAACAUCAACAGCAACAGCAACAAAUGCAAGGUAAUCCAGGGAUCAACGUGAAUAAUCUAGUCGGAGAUUCGGAACAGGGUAGAAGAAUGAUGCUACAAAAUAUGUUAUCCCAGGCUACCAACGCUACUCAACCUCCUCCUACACAACAGCAACAGCAACAGCAACAACUACCACCGCAAAUGCCAAUACAGCAACAGCAACAACCACCGAUGCCAAAUCAACAGCAACAAUCUCUACAGCAGCAAGCGGUCAACAUAAGUGGGAUAAGUCCACAGAUCGCAGAAUUGUUUCGAGCCAGACCAGAGAUUGCUGAAGCCGUCUUCAAGAAGCAUAAUGGCAAUACAGCUGCUGUCAUUGCUGAUAUGCAGCGUACAGUGGUAAUGAUGGGUCAACAAGCUCAACAAAGAGCAAGAGAACAAGCUCAACUUCAAGCUCAAGCUCAGAUUCAGGCUCAAUCCCAGAAUCAGAAUCAGAAUCAAAAUCAAGUCAGACCUCAGCUUCCACCACAGCAGAUGCAUCAACAACAUCAACCGCAAGCACAAGUACAACCGCAAUCACAGCAUCUGAAUCAGGCUAUCGGAGUAGGGAUCAAUGGACCAGUAGGUGUAAACCCAGCUAUGGCUUUCCAAGGCCAACCCCAGCCUCUCAAUCAACAGCAACAGCAGCAACAGCAACAAAGACCACCUCAACAACACAUGCAACAGCCUCCUUCGAUACAACCUCAACCUCAGCAGUUGCAACAACCAAGAAUCGUUUCAGAUGGAGGACAAUAUAAUAUGGUUCAACAUGGUUCAAGUCAAGGUCAAGGUCAAGGUCAACAAGGAAACCAGUACGCUAACACGCUGUCUCAAUUGGAAGCUCUUCAACAGAUGAAGGAACGUCAACAGCGUAGUGGGUUGAAAACGCCAAACAUUCAACAACCAAAUUUACCUUUGGCUUCGCCCCAACAAGCCUUGCCGAAUAUGAAUAUUUCACCUGGAAACAAUGCGCUAGGGGGGAAUAUGCCUCAACAGUUCCAAGGUCUGCAUCAAAACAAUAACCAACAACCAAUACAUCCAGGUCAAUUGCAGCAACAACCACAACAGCAGCAUCAAAUCCAGGCACAAAGACACACACCGCAGUUGGCAGCCCAACCAAUUCAGGCUCAAAUCCCUCCUCCUCAAAGACCUCAAUCACAGAAUCAGACCCACCAAUCGCAAUCGCAAACGCCUCAAUUACAAACUCCCAUCCUAGCAUCAGGUUCAAUGGCUCCUCCACCAGGAGGUGCCAAAUCCACAUAUUUCGAACAAAUCCCCACUUGGGCUAAUGAUAGACUGAUCGCUGCGACUGUCAUGGUUUCGAAGAAACUCUUUGAAGGUAAUCAGGCUGGGAACACAAAUGUCAACGAGCAAAUGAGUAAAUUCCAUCUGUUAUUAUUGAUUGCGGAAAUAAAGAAAAGGAAUAUUGUCAUCCCUCAAGAUGCUUUGAACGUUGCGUCCGCUUUUAUGAACGUGCCGAAUGCCACGCAAAGAUUGAUUGGUAUGGAUGCAAAUGAUCUUCUCCAAAUUGCAACUAGCAAUAUCAUGCGAUUGACUCCAAGUCAAAAUCAAUCGCAGAAUCAACAACAACAGCAAGUACAAAUGCCCAAUCAACCACAACAUGCGCGCCAACGGUCAUAUCAAGGUCAACCUCCUCAGCAAGGAAGUCAAAAUAACCCCAUUGAAUUAGUAACCCCUACAAUGAAUAACCAAAUGAACUUACCACAACAGUUCUCAACGCCUGUUCAGCCAAAUGUAGCUCCGCAACAAUCCCAAGGCAUGCAGUCUCAGCCACAACAGCAGCAGCAAUUCAUUGCGCCUCAGCAACAGCAGCAGCAGCAACAACAACCCCAACAACAAUGGGCACCUAACCCUACUCCGCCCCCUGGACCUUCUAUGAGUUUGGAAUCGGUGAACAUCCCCGAGGAGAAUUUCUGGUCAUCUCUGAGGCAAAUACAUCAUGGUAAUGGUAUACAAAAUCCUCUUGUGGAAGGCAAACAAGUGAAUCUGUAUAAGUUAUUCCAAAUCGUGCUGAAGAAUAAUGGAAGUGCAAUGAUUGAAUGGCCUAAAUGGACUAUUGUAGCUGGUCAACUAGGAUUCGCGUCCGAACCUGGUCAACCUGGUCAACCGCCAUUAUCGAAUACCAACGUUGCGCAGCAAAUCAGGGCUUGUUACGCUCAGAUCCUUCAACCUCUCGAGAAUGUCUUUUUGGCCAGAUUACAACAGUCUAGGCAAAAUAUAGGCCAACAACAACCACAACAACAACCGCAGCAACAAGCGCAACAACCACAGCUGCAACAACAGCCAGCUCAACCACCUCAGCAAUCGCAAAUUCAACAACCUCCACAAUUCCAACAACCCUCACAGCAACAGCAAGGACAGCCUCAAAUUCAAUCACAGCCGUCUCAAAGCCAGGUGCCACAACUCAAUGAACAGCAAAAGAGAUUCCUCGAAGCUGCCAAGAACGCUUCUGGACCCGGUACAGGUACGCUGGAAGGACUAGCGCAGCAAGUCACACAACAACCCCAACAAUUCCCUCCUCAAGCACAGCAACCGACACCAUCCACGAGUAAUGCUGUUCCUGACAUUCAACAACAGCAAUCUCAGAAUAUCAAUCAAGGACAGGCAUAUGGAAUUAAAGGUAACCCAAUGAAGAUAUACGAGUUUAUCAAAUCACAAGAGACUCAAGUUAGGAAUAAGCUCGAGAAGAACCCGUCAAUACCGUCAAUCGACAAAGAAGCUUAUCGAACUGAAUUACAACAGUUGAUGCCAAUCAUCAAAGAAGCUGAAAACAGGGUCCCGAUGUUUUUGAUGAUGAUGCAGGAAAUGGGCGCUCCAGAAAUGUCAGCUGGACCCCAGAUUGUUUCGAUGUACACCUCCGCUUUGUAUGCCAAUUCAGCUGCAGAUUCCGACCGAUACAUUCUCAACGUAUCCGAUUUGAACCGGAUAAAGUUGGGACUCGCUCAACUCAUGUCCCGUGCUCAAUCAAUGUACAGAGCCAUGCUGGAUAAGCCUGGAGGUUCAACACUGUUACGAAACAUUGCGUCUGCGUUGAGCGCCGCGAAAAACAGCUUGAAUGGCCAAAAUCAAUCUCAAGGUCAAAAUCAAGCUCUAGCUCCCUUGACUGGCGGUGGACAAUCUCAAGCUCCCGUCCAACUUGCAGGAGAAUCACCUGCGAAUCUCGCAGAAGCCAUUGCAGCUCGACACAAGAGUUUGAGAGUUGAAGAUCUCAAACCACCACCAGCUAAACGAUCAAAAGGAACGAAAGGGUCUCCUGCUACGCCUGGUAAUGCACAAACUCCAGAAGCUAAAACUCCAGCACUGACAGGUCAAGGUGCUACUCCUACUGAAUCUCCUGGCUCUGCCAAACGUCCCAACGCCAAUACAAGCGGUAGUGGCAACAAAAGGAAAAGACAAUCUUCGAUGGCAAAUUCAACAACAUUGACAGGAACCGGUAAUGCAUUGCAAAGUGUUGUUGGUAAAACACCUAAACAAUUAAUGGCUGAAGUCAAAGAAUCCAUGUCGAAAACUUCUUCUUCUACCUCAGUCAGAAAUAGAUCAACUUCCAUUCUCACCUCCAACAAUCUGAUGCCUGCCCCUCCUACAUCGAUAUCUUUACCUUCUUCUUCUGCAACGGGAUUAUCAAACAACGCUCUGGGGAUAGAUUUGACCCCUAACGAAGUUGUGGCUCAGAACGAAAUGAACGAAAACAAAUUGUUCUUCAAUAAUCAAAAUUCAUUAUCUCAAGCUGCUGGUAUACGGAUAACAGCAAAUGGCUCAAAUUCAGUAGCUGGACUAUCAUUAGAUGCGUGGCUGACUUUCACUCAAGCUUACGAAGCGUUCCAAGCUACCCAACAGUCUGCGAAUACUCCUAUAUAUCCUUCGGGCCAUAUUGUACAGAACCAAGGUCAAGAUCAAACUCGGGGACAAACCCAGACGCAAGCGCAGAAUCAACAACAGAGAAACCUAAAUAAUGGUAAUGAGAAUGGUGAAAAGGAUAUGUUUGAACAGUUCAUUGAUGUAACUCAAUUAACUGAUGAUCUACCUACACCCGAACUAUACAGACCAAACUCUUAUUUGCUUACCGAUACCACCAAUAAUGGUAUAUCAAAUGGUACGGAAGAGGAAAGUGAUAAUUCACCUGAAUCAAUUAAAACAGUAGCUUCAACUUCAAUACCGUUGAUUGGAAUAUCGCAUCUUGGUGCAGGAGUACCUCUUCAAGCUGAAGACAAAGAGAAAGGCAAAUCAACGGACUUCCAACCAGAACCGGAUUCAGAUGAAGUGAAUGUCGGUUUGGGUCUGGGUCUAGGAUUGGGAUUGGAAAUGAAUGGGUAUAUAAUGGGAAGCGAAGAAAGUGGGAUUUAUAAUGGUGGAAUCUUCUGGAAUGGGAAUGAAGCUUAUUGA